AUCGGGAUCUGUAACGGGGAGGAAUUCUGGUGGAGACGGGCUUUGCUUGGAUACUUGCAUAUUAUUUCCAAAACACCAACAACGGCACAGGGGCUAAUUACCCACAAACCACCCGCCACCACCCACCACCACCAACAACAAUCACUUACCACACACCAUUAAGCUUCAAAAAGUAACUACCCACGAGCAAUUUAUGGCCCAAUCUAUGAGCAAUUUGUGAGCCAUGAGCCGGCCACGAGUACCGAAACAUGGCCCAUGAACCUUGACCAUGAGUGUCACUACAGGCAUUCAUUGCCUCAAAAGACGUUACUCGUUACAAUGCCGCCAACCUCUUAGCUUCUACUAUGGAUAGCUCCUUCCGCCAUGACAACGAUGCCCUGUCUCAACCUUCCUCUCUCUAGCCUCACUUACUACACUAAAUUAAACUAACUGUUGACUAUCUCGCUAUGGCUGCCGGACUGCAGAUGCACAGAGCUUUACCGUGCAUAUCACCAUUCACCAUGUUCGAGACCUUCCUCCCACAAAUAGACUCCGCCAUGCUGGAUACUGCCGUGCGAGGUGCCGCCGAGACCACGACACGGCUUGUCACAGAUUCCACCUUCUUCCUCUCUUCCUUCCCUGGAUGAUACAAACGGCAUCUCUUGGCCUUAUGCAAACGAGCAACUUCCUUUACUAGCUGUCUCUUCUGUCAUAUUUCAUUACUUUUGAUACAACAUAUUUAUUCUAUCAAACUCCUGUCAUUAUCGUCUCAUUGGCUCUUCAGUUAGUGUGUCCACCAACGCAACGUUAAUUCCUCACACCUUCUUACUUUGGCCGGCAUUGGAGGGAAGUGACAGGCACAUCAAAACUCACAGAUCGUCGACGGCUUGCAGGAUAGUCCCAGGAUCUGAAGGCAAUAAAUCUUCUAUUUUAUGAGCUAGAAGUGAGAUACUGCUUCGUAUGAUCUUAUUCGUUCGCCUCAUCGUCUGCCAGGACGUUGAUUACCCUUGGCAUCAAGAUUAAGAAGAUAUCUGGAAGGCUGGAUCCAUUUUAUCUGGUCGACAUCCCUACGUUCGAUCACUCGACUAGCAUCGGAUGGCAACUGUCAGCUAACAACCAAACAUUUUACCUGGAUGAUUGUUCCACCAAGACAUAUCUUACUGCCUACGCGGAUACAAUAACAAAAUGGAAGUCGGAUUGAUGCUAAAUGCAUCGCCCGACGAUGCAGAGCAACCACGGCCACUACUCACCUGGGAAGCCACUAUCCGAAGUCGGACGCCCUGGGACGCUGGCGGUUAUUCACUACCCGUGAAUCACGAUCUGGAUACGACAAUCAGCAAACACAUUCACCAUCAUGACUCCUCCCUUGAAUCAUCACAGACAUAUCCCACCAAGCAUAGCUUAUCAGACAGCCGCGGAUCCCUCUCUUCUCUUGCUUCUGCAUCAACUUCAACGCACUCAAGAUUUUCCUCAGCAUCAACUGUUGGCGGGUUUCAAGCCUUCACCAACUUCACGGACAGUUCCAAGUUAUCAGAUUCUACUGUGGACUGGACCAGUAUUCUGGCAAACUCUGCAACUCUUUCACCAGCUUCUCCUGCCACGUUCAGCUUCCACCACUACCCGCCAUCACCACGUGCGGAGCCAAUACACGUCCUGGCUCAGAUCGCUGAGCGACGAUACAUGGACGCUGACAGCGCUUCAGAAGAACACUACAAAGAUAGUGAGAUGGCUGAUGCCGAUACUAGAGCGACCAGCACCACCUCGGAACAGCCAGCGUUGUCGAGGACUGCAUCGCCUACGGAUGCUUUGCUUAUCAAAAGGCACUCACCGCUAACACCCCAAGAGUCCGAGACAGCUGGGAGUGUGUCUACUCAGCCUCAUCCUGCCGGCGAAGAAAACACCGCACCUUGGAAGUAUCAACCACGAGCACAGCUCGACCGCCUGAACUCAUUUCCACCAUCGGAGAACCGCCGAGAGUUUGAGUCUCACUCGGGCCGGUUCGCUAUGGAGUCUAGGCGUCAUAAAAGGGCCUUCUCUGAGCCGCAUAUUCAAGGCCAGUCAGGUGCUUCAUUUGGACAGCCUACAACCGAUAUGUUGGCAAGGUAUCAGAGAUCUGAGCCUACUCCACCAUCCUCCCAGCACCCCGAGAAUGAGUCGCCACAGGCCGAGACCCUAGAUGGUACGUCGCAUUUGGGUCCGCAAUAUACACCGCCACUACAGGACCAGCACUCGACAUGCAUGUUCAAAGAAGGAUGCGAUACGGGCUCGCAACCCCGGAAGGCCGUGUCUCACAUCUUUGGUCGCAACAAGAUGUGCACGCGACUAAUCCCAGAGCACGUGUGGGUGCGAUACUGCCGCAAACACUACCAAAGGAGUCGAUACCGCGAGCCAAAGAACUGGCCUCGCUGCCAGUGUGAUCUCGUCCAGAAACAGAUCCAGAGACUAGAAGAAUGGAGCGCCGAGAAUGAGCGGCGUGGGGAAGGCGGUGUGGUCAGGAGCUGGGGUCUCGCCGUCCGAAAGCGAGAACAGAAACGACUUGAUGAUCUCGCAUUAUCAAAGGCGAGAGGUGGAAGGGGAAACCCAUACGGUGGAAACUACGACGAUGUCGACCCUUCCGCACCAGCCACCGCCGUCCCGUUGUGGCUCAGAAACCUAUGCGGCAAGACCUACAGCACCCUCGACAUCCGCGACAUAUUCAACCGUGUCCACCAAGAACUCCUUAACUCCCCUAGCCCCGUCUUCCCCGACAUCGAGAUCCUCCCACACAUCACCCUCGACGGCGAAGAAUCCGAAUCCCCCAUGCGCUACGGCGGGCGCCGCAAGACACCCACCACUGGCCACCACCAGCGAUCCCGCUCGAUGGGCGGCGCACUACCACCUCCGCUCGACAGUUUUCCGGAAGACUUGCAGUUCAACGCCGCUUCGAGGUCGAGGUCGAAUAGCAAUUUUGAAAAUCAGGAUAGUCCGCUUCAUCACAAGAGGAAGCGUCGCGAUUGCUCCCCUGAGGAUGUGGAUGCGGAACUCACGGCGCAGAGUCAGAGGCUUAGGCUUAAUGUUACGACGGGGGCGUAUGAAGCACACCCGUCUAUCCUGUCUGCGUCCUCGAGCGCAAGUGACGUGUUCCAGGGCCAUGGACCUUAUCGAUCGCCUCUACCCACGCCGCCCGCACUAACACCAUCGUUGCAAUCCCUCUCCAGCAUCCUCGCCAACGAAGGACCAGCGACGCGCUACCCACUGCGCUCUAGCUCGACCAUGCUCCUCGCCGCCCCCGAUAAUGGACAUCGUCGCUCGCGAUCCGAUAUCAAUGGUUUCCCGUUCCCGGAACAGCCUGUGAUGCUGUCGCAUGUGCGCUCGUAUUCUGGGGCCGCGGGGUAUCAGUUUCCCGAGAACCACCAUAGCCACCACAACCAGCACCCUCACCACCACCAACAGAACCAGGGAGUGCAGGCGGGGCAAGCGGGACAGACGGGACAGAGAUACGCAUCUGCUGCGAACGCGUUUGCGCGGGGAGGACAUUCGAGACAUCAGAGUACGCCUGUUGGGCCGAGAUCGAGUCUUACGCCGCCUGGGGGGAUGUCACUGCAGCCGCCGUCGUUGGGGAGGGGGUAG